AUGGGUGAAGCAACAAAAGCUAUAGGUGUAUUGAAAAUAAUACUCUUUCUACUUUAUUUUAUUCUCUGGAUAUAUUUUAAAGUCAAUGAAUUCGACUCUCAUACAUCCAAAUCAUUUACUAUAAAUAUAAUUUUGGCGUUUGCUUUUGCUUUUUCGAUAAUAUUUUUCUGCACCGAGAUAGUUGUUUUAGCAGAAGAAGAAGAUGAAGCUGUUUUUAUCACCGCUAUUUUAAAUUUAGUCUUUGAAUUAUUUGUCAUGUUUUGGGUGAAUGUGAGUACGGACGAAAUAUCUUUUGCUAUAUUUUGCAAACUUUCUCUUAUAUUAUUCACCUUUAUUUACUUUGGUGCCGCCUUUUCAAAUAUAUAUUUUUUAUCAGAGGAAACUUACUCUAUGAUUGAUGGGUUAAUAUGGGUUAUUUUAACUAGUAGUUUUGUGGAAACUGUAUCCAUUCUUGGUUUAAAAUAA